UGUAAGUGGCACUGUGAAACAGUGGAUGUUCAUUAAGUGAUCUUUCCUAGAUCAAAUAGAUCUAAUAGCCGCUUUAUUUUCAACUUCAAUGAUUAAAUCUGCGAGUAUGGUUUAGCUUACCUACAUUGAUUAUUGUCAGAUAAACAAAGCCGGUUCGUUAUUCAAGGUGUAGGAAAACACGACUUGUUCCUGGGUUACUUUGUUCUAAAACUGCUUUUCCUUUAAUUUAUAAUUAAUUGUGAAUUUCACGCUUACAGUACUAUUGUCUUAGCGCUUCAGUUUACUAUAUAAUGAAAGAAAACAGCGUACGAAAUAUAGUGCGUUUUGCGAUCGGAAUUAAGAAGUUAUAUUCAGAAAGCAAGUGACUUCUAAGUGCUGUAAACGUUUGUUUUCGCAAUGACUGACAUUCUUCCGCCUAGUUCAGAACUGACGUAUUUUUCUUCGCUAGCUGAUGCAAUCUUGACUACUUUGCUACCAAUAAUGGAUAAUGAAAGCACUAAUGAAACUGUUCUGGGCUUUGGACCAAAGAGAGACCCUCCAUCAACAGUGAUUCCCAUGACAUUAAUUUAUACAGUUAUCCUGGUUACUGGGGUUGUGGGCAACAUCUGCACGUGUGUGGUCAUUGCUAGGAACAAGUACAUGCACACAGCCACCAAUUACUAUCUCUUCAGCCUGGCGGUAUCCGACCUUCUUCUGCUUAUCUUGGGCCUACCACAAGAAAUGUAUCUGCUGUGGCAACGCUAUCCUUACGUCUUUGGCGAGUUCUUCUGCAUCUUUAGAGGCUUGACUUCCGAGACUUCCACUAACGCCUCUAUCUUGACCAUCACCUCUUUCACUGUGGAACGAUACCUAGCGAUCUGCCACCCACUUCGGGCCCACACCAUGUCAAAGCUGUCUCGGGCGAUCAUGACCAUCGUGAUUAUCUGGGUGCUUAGUGCUUUAUGCGCAAUACCACUGGCCAUUCAAUUCGGUAUUGUCCACGUUUUUUGUACUUUGAAAACGCCCUUGAGCCACGCCUUUGAGAUCUCCACUUUUCUGUUCUUCAUCCUUCCUAUGACACUGAUCACGGUAUUGUACGUGUUUAUCGGAGUAAAGCUGAGAAGGCCCUCGGGUCUGGACCGUAGCGAAGCCACUUCUAGUACCUCAAACGGGGUAAAAUCGCAGCUGAAGCACACCGCGAAGGGAUCAAGUCAGUCUUCUCGACGAGCUGUUGUAAAAAUGUUGGUUGCUGUGGUGGUAGCUUUUUUCAUCUGCUGGGCACCCUUCCACGCCCAGCGUCUGAUGGCUAUAUACGUCAAGAAGCCAACAUCAACAGACCGAAAGGUUUAUGACGUAUUGAACUACAUUUCCGGUGUUUCAUACUACUUCAGCGCCACCAUCAACCCUAUCCUGUACAGUAUCCUGUCUUUGAAGUUCAGACAAGCUUUCAAAGACACAAUAACAAGAUGCUGUGGUUGCCGUCAAGCAAGGAGCGGUAAGUUCAACUACCUGUCUCGCUUAAACAGCACUUACCGUUCGACAGCCUUUGAAACCACUGACAACACAUUAUUAUCUGUGUCCCCACACCACACGUCAGAUGUCAAAAUUCGCCUGCUACUGACCAACGACACUGCGGUAAAUCCUGACCCUAAGGGAACUGAAGAAACAGCUAUGAAUACUCCGGCAUUAUCGGUACAGAGGAGAGGCGAUUCUGAUGGCAACCGUAAAGUCAGCAGUUCAAUAAGCAACAGUAGCUUACGGAUGUUAGAUGAUGAUGCCUUUGAUGAAACAGAACUGUCCAACUGUAUGACAUCAGACAAAUCUGCCAAAAUCUGAUGCAAGCCAUUUAAGCGAAAACAGGAAAAUCCUAAGUUUUUUUUCUUCAGCUCGUUGAUCCACUAUUUACAAAUAUGUCUUUUCUGACUAAUUUACAUGCUGUUAAAACCAUAUUAUCAAAGUCUGCCCUGUCGUAGUGUAAUAUCUCUGAAAUACACCACUUUUACUUAGACUAUCAUAACCUUUAGAAGUCCUUUACAUGCUGUUAACACCGUAUUACCAAGAGUUGCCGUGUUGUAAUGUAAUAUUCAGAAUUAGAACACUACUUUGACUUAGACUAUUAUAAUCUUUAGAAGUCCUUUACAUGCUGUUAACACCGUAUUACCAAAAGUUGCCGUGUUGUAAUGUAAUAUUUCAGAAUUAGAACACUACUUUGACUUAGAUUAUUAUAACCUUUUGAAAUCUUUAAGAUAUUAUGCUGUACAUUUUGGAUAUUAUUCUAAAUAGAAAAUAUCAAACACUUAACAUUUUUGAUAAAGUUUACCUUAUAUUUUAGUUUCUCUUACAUUUUAAAUAUUUUAUUGUGGAAUUUGUUCGAAUGAAAAGGUCAAACUGGUCAUGGCAAAACUUUUCUUUAUUCAGGUAUAAUAUAAUACUUCGGUGAACCAAAUUGUUCUCUCUUUUUGUUGUUUGGUCAACAGUUGUUUUAAAUGAAAACAUUUACGGAACAUGAGAGGGGAUGAAGUCAGGGGCCGAUCUAGGGUUUUCUAAGAGAGGGUGGAACCACCAAGAUAAAUGACGAAUAUUGAUGUAAUAAAGAAACUUUUGUGAAGGCUAAACAUAUGUUCUGCGCAUCGCCCAGGGUUUGGGCGUACGUAACAACUUAGACUUGAAAAUAUGGCUUCCCAUAAGCCUAAUUUAUAACUAAAGUAUUGAAAAAACUUUGGCGAAACGAUUAACUCAGUAUGUUAUUUAUUACUGUACAAAUUCAAUAUGUAUUAGCUACUUAAGUCAAACACAGAAUACAUCUAAGUUGCUUUGGAUGAAGCUGUACAAUUCUCUUUACACCACCUUCUUUAGAAGGCACCUAUAAGGGGUCAUCUGUGUCACUGUAAAAUUCAACAGUCUAGUACUACUUAGACAUGUGUGAAUUCUUCGAACUGUAUUAAAUGUAUCAUCUUGUUCAGAGGGUUUGCACGAUUGAACGGCAAGAAAUGCCAUCAGUUCCUUGAUAUUUGAAAAAAAAAGUCAUAAUCUUUCAAGUUUAAAUCAGAAGAAACACUCAAAUUUAAUUCUUCUCUGCAUUGCCACAACUAGUUUUAACGUGACGGCAAAUGGCAGACAAUGAUUCCACCUCUUCUUCAUCAGGUUUGGCAUUGUCUCCGUUUCCUCAUUAUUUAUCAGUUCCGUCAAUGUGGGUCCUUUUCUCCUCACCGAAUCUUUCUUUAAUUCUAAAUGAAGAACAUCUUGUUUUUUUUAUAGCAAUAAGUGAUGCUACAGGUUUGUUGUUUUCUAUGGCUUAGUGGUAUAAAUGAAAACAGGUUUAUCUUCUUUGCCAAAUUAACUGCAGUUGAAAAAACACUAUAGGGUAACAACUGUAAUUUUAGAAUACAAAAUGAGUUGUGAACUUGAUCGACACUCCUUCAACCAUGAUUAGAUAUCAAGCUUACGAUACUGAAGCUGUGAAACUAAAGAUCGCAUAGGUUUCAGCAGAAGCAUUGCUAGAACAAAGGUAACUGCACAAACUUCUGGGUCAUCUGAUGGUCUGAUGACCCUCAGUUGCGAAGGUAAAAUAUCUUACUAAAUACUCCUAAACUAUAUAUAUGGUUUCAAAGCAGUUAUGAUGUUUAACACGAUGAUUUUUCCCACAAACAUUCAACUUUAAGCUCCUUUGCUUCAGGUGCAACACUGAUAGUGAUCCAAAGAAACUUCGAUCGCUUUAGACUGUUACAGUAAAACUAUAAGGCAUUAGUGUAAACAUCCAUCAUAUUGCACAUUCGGGAUAUUUUAGAGGAUUCAAUAAUAGAAAAGUUAAGAGAAGGAAGAGAAAAUCUUUACUAAACUGCGUCCGAAGCUUAUUUCUUUAAAAUAGAUUGUGCUCCACAACUAAUUCUUAACAUACUAUCUGUUUUUUCGUAUAACUGACCAAAUGACUUACCAGCUGUCACCUUGUAACUCUUCAGAGUUUCAAGUGUAUUCUUUUUGACAAUUACUCCUGUUAAUUUGUCUAACACAAUUAGAUCUAAUAGUGUAUAAUAUUUUCUAGGAUUUGGAACACUCAAAUCAACAAUUUUCAAGCACAGUUCUAAUAUUUUCGUUCCAUGUGAUAUCACUUCAUCUCUCAGGGUACCAAAUUCCCAUACCAUUGUUCAACGUGUCUUCUACCUCUGGAAGUACUUCAUUUCAUAUUGUGUUACUUGUAUAUGAGGAAGGGAAAAAUAAAGUUUAUCCAAUGAUGCAUUGCACUUCGGAAGAAAUCGUUUGGUGGCAUUAAAGUUUCCUUCGUUCUCUGUUGUUUCUUCAUAGCAUUUGAUUUUGUUCUCCCUAUGUCUCCAAAGUGCAAGACCUUGCAGAGCGCAAAGGAGGACAGAGCCAGCUUUAGGUGCAAGUAUGUUUCUAUUCUUUCCCAGAUUCCGUCAAGUUAUUGAAUCAACAACCACAUUAAUCCGAGAGGAUAGGUCAGUAAAUGUUCUUAAGAAAGCUGUAUUUCUCGAUACAGCUUGCUUGAGAUAUUGGUUAGGUUAGUGUUUUAGAGUUAGCUUAUUCAUCUUAUCAUAAGCUCGGCAUAAUCUUUUCCAAGUAGUUAUUUUUGCUUUGCCAUUAACCACAAGACACAUGUAAGGCAAAAUCCACCCCUAUUUUCAUUGUAGUAUAACUUUUUAAAUGAAGUAAGCCACUUUGAUUGAAAAAUAUUACCGUUUUUUAAAUCCUCUGCUAUGAAAGAAAUUCUAGGGAUUUGGUGUCCAACAAGACUUGAUAAAGUUGUACAAUGCUAAAUUACCUUCAAGUUGAUAACUGACGUCAGUAUGAUUUCCAGUAUCCAUUGGACGACAAAUGGUACAGUUUCUCUCUUUUGUGCAACUUUCUGGGACUGAGACAUACUUGUCUCCUUGACUGGCAGUCGGUUGAUAAACUGAUGACACGAUGGAAGAACUGAUACAGCUCCUGAUUCAGUACCAUUGGUAGCAAGCACAAAUUGAAAGUCACCAGUAAUCUUCCUCACCUUUGUCUAUUUCAUGCUGAGAUGCAAAAAAUAGAAUGUAUGUAGAAUAUUUAAAUUGAUACUAAUCUCGCCACCAGGAUUUCAAAACGUAUAUGAAGACUUCCCUUUAAGAUAAUAUUAAGUUGACAGUACCUAUAUUUCUGUUGCAUUGAUUAGGUUACGUUUUUCUUGUUGGUUUUUUUACCCGAUUCAUUGCUUAGUCUUUGUCACCAUUUUUAUGAACGUCUAGGGUUCGCAGGAUGUCUGCGCAUGUAUGGUGGCUAACUUGAUCUCAAUAUAUCUGAUCAGUUUGAUGUGAAUGAUUUUUCUUUGUUCUUUGAUCGUUUUGUUAUAUCUUUUAGGUACCAUUUAAAGAAUCUGUUUGUGUUAUCAUAUGUCUCUCCAUCUUCUCUUUCUUUUCAGAAUGGUUUUCUUAGAAAAUAACAUAUACUAGUAUUAUUAUAGAAAAGCUUUGUGUUAUAUUCUAUAGCUGAUAAAUUAAAACUUCGUUAAGCACAAGUUCACAAUUAAAAAUAAUUAAAGUUUAUUGUUUAGCCAACAUUUCGUUUACUACGUUUAACGAUUUUGAUUCUCGAGUCAUUGUAAGAAUAAAAUACAAAAAAAUCAUUUCCUUGCAACUGAAGUAAACAGUGGCACAAGGAGGAGAAGAAGCCAACUAGAGAAUAUUCUAAGACACGCACGAGUGAUGAGAACUUUAUCGUUGAUUGAGUGAGUAUAAUCAGAAUUCUCCAAAAGACAAAGUUAGAUAAUGACAUUAUCUUCCUUUACAUUGGAUAAAAAUUAGAGAGUGCAGGAAAAAAUAACCAAUAAAUUAUUCGCAUUAGUCUCGUGCAAAAAUAAAUUCUUCAUCUCGUCCGCUUAAAUUUCAUACAGUUCUUCACAGAAAGCAAACCAGUAAAUAUUAGUUCAUUCAUUGCUUUAAAGUAUGUUCAUGUUAGAAUUCUGCAUUGCUUUAUACUUUACCUACAAAUGACAAUUGUUGUAACUGCAAAUAUAUACAGGCAAGAAGAUAUAUAGCCAUGUACAUUUUUGGUUUCCUUACAGAUAUUUAUGUAUGUCUAUAAGGCAGUUUUUUUUUCCUCUUCUUUUAUUUUCCACCAGUUUCGUGACUUCAAGAUAUCACUCCUCAGGAUGUAAUUAAACAGAGAAUCUUAACUGAAGACGUACAAAUAUCACUUUUCAACUAAAUGUAAUUAACCUGAAUUAAACAUAUCCAAUUAUGCUGAAAACAAAUUAAUUUAAGCUUAUAAGUUUUAAUAUGCUUUCACUAUUUUUCUGUGCCUUUAACAUUUUUCUUUUUAUUAAAACUUUAUUUUAAUUAUAUUUUCUCUUCUCAUUAUAGAAUACGUUACCAACAUAACUUGAAGUGCGCUUAUAUUGCUCUAGAGACGCAUGGCGUUGUUAAAAAAGGCUAAGCUUAUCACUUGCAAGAUAGAAUAUUAAAAAUUGUUUGAACAGGCUAAAUACUACAUUUAUUUUAUGACGUUUUAGCGAUAAUAAUUGAAAGCAUCAAUGUCAUACAAAAUUAACGCUGACGCAGUUUUAUGCUUUAAUUUAGCAUGCAAAGUUUGUUUCACUGAUUUAGUAUAUACAGUUCUCACACAGGAUGUAACCGUUAAUUAUUUAACGCCUGCGUGUGUAUUUAAAUCGAAGCGGUAGCUUGAUAUUUGAAUUACGAAUCUACCCAUGUUUUUUUUUCAUGGUAUAGAUUUGUUAUGUCACAGAGAUAAAGAACUGUAUUACAAUCGGGCGUCAAAAAUUAUAUGACAGAUAUAGUUUAGAAUGGUUAUCUAGUGGAUGAUGUAAUAUUUAAAAUAUACAGCAUUGCGUUUGUUUGAAUUUAGCGCAAACCUACUGGAGUUCUAUCUAUUCUAGAUGUCCCUAAUUUUGAAGAGAAAAGGCAGCUCGUCAACACCACCCACCGCCAAUUCUCGGGCUACCCUUUACCAACGAUUAGUGGGAUUGACCGUCACGUUAUAACAACCCCACGGCUGAAAGGGCGAGCAUGUUUGAUGAAACGGAGAUUCGAAACUGCAGAUUGCAAUCGAGCACCUUAACCACCUAGCCAGGCACAGCACAAAACCUAUUCUGUAGCUUUGCGCUUAACAACAAGUAAACAGAAAAACUGUGUUGAAAAUGAAUUUUUUAUUUUGUAGUUGGCUGGAAGGUUUGUAAUUAAACACAAAGCUACACAAUGGGCUAUCUGUGUUCUGCUCACCACGGGUAUCAAAACCCGUUGUCUAGUGUUGUAAGUCCGCAGACAUUCGGGUGUGCCAAUAAGGGGGGAGCUAUUAUUUUGUAUGUCUUCACCUGUUUCAGGACAUCAUUGUAAAUCUACGAUUCGUCGUAUAUUUUAUGAUUGUAGUGAAUGUGUACAUAUUUUUAACAAUUGAUCGUUACAUUAUAACGCCCACGUGGCUGAAAGGGCGAGCAUUUUCAGGGACAGGAUUCGAAGGUCUCGAGUCGAACGUCCUAACCACCAAGCCAUGCCAUGCCUACGUCAUUUCGCUUAGCACGUUGGUUUAGUUUUUCGUGUAUAUGUGUAGUAUUUAAUGUCGUUGCAUGUUGUAUAAUUUCCCGUGGACUGCUGAUUGUCUGGUAUCUGGUUUGAAGACGUCAUUUCAGGCUCUGGGUUUAUGAAGAAAUUCCAUAAGUGCUAUUUAGCAUAUUAUUCUUUAUGUAUCACACGAGGCUAUUCUAACGUGUAAUAAUAACAAAAAUUUUAUUUUAUUACCAGAUAUGGUUUAAUGAGAAGUGCAAGAUAAAGACAAAUAAACGUUAACGUUAGACACAAACAUUCAUUCUGGCGGCAGAAUUACUGCUCUAUUUACUAUUUUCAUUGAGUGUGUGAACAAGAAAAAUAAAAAACAAAAAUGAAUUCACUCAUUUCCAAUAUAUAUAUAUAUAUGUAUAUAAAUAAAAUUCGACAUUUCAAUUAUGUUUUAAAAUUGAUCAUAAAUUUCUAAACUUAAACAGUUUUCUUCAUUAAAGUUUUUAUUAGUUAUUCUUAUUCUAACGUAAAACAUUACGCAAUGUACAUUUUAACAAGUUAACACCACCAGGUGAAAUAAUUGUCAGACGAUUCUUUUUCAUAAGGCCAUAGUCGUGUUUCAAUACAUACGAUUUUUCAUGCACUCCACUAAUAUUGUUUGAUUAGCUGAGUUUAAGCACGUUUGUUGCUGAGUUUUGUGCUUUACAAAAAAAAAAAAAGUACUUAGUGCUACAAUUUGUGUUGAGUAUUUGGAGUAUAUUAAGAAACGAAAACAGACAAAAAAAAACAACAAAAAUGUCAUAUGAGGAUAAAAUAAAGAAGCAACUGGGCACAGGACACAACGAAGAAAUGUUUUCAAUAUCCCAUCUCGAAGAAAUGUUUUUCUUACUUUAAGUGUGAAACAUUCCCUACAAAUAUAAGAAUAUAAAUCACAAAAAAAAUUUUGUUCAAAAUUAUAACGAUAGUUUAUUUUAUUAUAUUACAAAUCAACAGCUAUUCAGAUCCUUUCACCACAGUACUAUUGUUUAAUCAACAUGUAGAACGGAAAUACGAGUAGCUUAAAAAUGCAUAAAAUAUCAAACUCUUUAUGCUGUACUGGACUAUUUGAAUAAUGACAUAUUGUUGAAAGAGGAAUUUGGCAACAACUAAAAGGACUUUUUCUGUUGUUUCAGAAUGGAUUUCAACCGAGUUUAUGUCUGUUCAUCACCAAAGAGCGCCAUCUACUGAGUGAUAAAAACAAUGAAGGUUGUGUUAUGUUAUCAAUUGAUCUGUUUAGAUCAGUAUAGUGUUCUUGUAUUCCCAACUCAAGUUAAUAAUUCGUUUUUCACUACUUCCUUUCUUUAAUUUCGUUAGAUAUAUUUCACUAAUGUAUAUAUUUGUUCUUUUUUAAUAGAUAUAUAUCCUAGUCUAACUGAGGAAUCAUGAUCAGAAAAGACUCACUUCUUCAAUUAUUCGCAAAAUUUCACUCAGCCUACGUAGUAUUUGUUAUUUACUUGUAACGUAAAAUUGAAAGCAAUUUUAUGAAUCAUUGUCAAAUAAAUGUAAAUGGACAUAUUAUAAUAACAAUACAUUAGAGAUUUCUUCUGUAUAAAUGUAAGUGAAAUAAAGACUCGAAAAAGUA